AUGGAUAUUCGAAAGUGGUUCCAGCACAACCAUGCCAGCAAGUCAGACAACGGUGGUCGUGGUGAGACAGAGACUCGAUCCCAACUUGAGCUUUGUGAAGCUGGCGUAGCAGCCGCUGCUGGGGAGCAAGUAGUAGCCUCGUCCGGCUGCUCACUCCUGCCCGAGCCGCUGCCGCCGCAGCCCCCCCUCCCUUCACCCCAAGGCCCAGAGCAGGCGCCCGGCCCCCCCGACGACCUAGGUAUGGAGGAGCCACUUCAAAUGCAUUUACAGAAGUAUCCAUCAUCAGUUUUUGGAGGAAUAAAGCGUUCCUUUUGCAGCUCAUGGUUCGACAACAGAGAGUGGCUAGAGUAUUCCUGCAAAAAUGAAGCCGUAUUUUGCUAAGCGUGUAGAAAGUUUUGGAAAGCCUUCACCACUAGUGGCUACAACAACUGGCGCCAUGCUCUUGUGCGCCAUAAGGGACUGGCAAGGCAUGAAGCAAGCAGAGAACACAUGACAUCAGUGGCGUUGUGGCAGGAGAGGAUCAGCAGAGAAGGGACUAAGACUGAGGUGUCCAUGCUUGUGAAUGAAGACCAGCUUGAGAGAAACCGCACUUAUGUGUCAUCUAUUGUGGACAUCAUUCAGUUCCUGGCUGUAAACCAGCUCCCUUUCCGUGGCUCUUUUGAGGCUUUGGAUACAAGAGGUGAGACAAGUAGUGGUCUUUUUUUUAGCCAUGAUGGAUUACACACUUAAAAAGGACAAGGACUUUAAGAAGAUUUUUGAGACCAUCCCUGCCAAUGCUAAAUACACAUCAAAUCAUAUACAAAAUGAAAUAAUUGAACUAAUGAGCAAAAUCAUAACUGAGGAAAUUGUGAAUGAAAUUGGAGAUGUGUGGUACACAUUAAAAGUUGAUGGCACCAAAGACCCCACGGGAUGUGAAAAUAUCUCAAUAGUGCUUCGCUUUGUGGAUAAAAGUGACAACAGUGUGAAAGAGAGACUUAUUUCAAUGCCAACCAGUAAACACUGUGAUGCUAAGUCUCUAACUCAACUUGUUUUGUCACAUUUGGAAGAUAUUGGAUUAAAUACAGGGAAGAUUCUAAGCCAGUGCUACGAUGGGGCAAGUGUCAUGUCAGGUGUAAAUGGCGGAAUGCAGAAACUUAUACAGGAAGAACUACAGAGGGAGGUGCCUUAUGUGCACUGUUUUAAUCACCAGCUUCACCUGGUGGUAGUGAAUGCCAUGUCAUCUGAUAAUAAAUUGGAGAACUUCUUUGGUGUAUGUAACUCUCUCUACAAGUUCUUCAGGAAACCUACAGUAGCUGCAGUCUAUACAGGAGAGAAGUUGAAGCGGCUGCUUGAGCAAAGGUGGACUGGUCAUCUGGCCACAGUGAAAGUGAUCAUGAACAGCUGUGACGACAUUGUCCACCUGCUACAGGAGAUUGAAGGCAUCCCGACCAUUGGAGCAGAUGUGCGAAUUGAGGCCACAGGGCUUUUGAAGGCCAUUACCGAGCCCAGUUUUCCAUUCAUUGCGUGUAUGACACAUCAGAUAUUGGGUUUGCUGGAUCCCCCCAAUACUGCACUCCAAGCAAAAUCCACUGACCUCUACACUGGUGUUCGUCUUGUCCAAAGUGCACUUGAAUGUGUGGAAGAACUUAGAAGUGACAGUCAGUUUGAUGCACUUUGGGAGAAAUGCACAAAAGAGAGAGAGAUGACAGAACCUUCCGCUGCCACACCCUCACAAUCCAAACGACGCAGAGAAAAGAUGACCAGUCACUUGAAAGACUUUGUGGUGGAAACACCAUUUGGUCACCGUCACAAAGAAGUGGGAGAGAAGACAGAGUGCAAAAGAUUGUAUUUCAGUACUCUGGAUGCAGUAGUGGGAGAAAUGACUGCUAGAUUUAAUGAAAGAAAUAGCCAACUAGUACAGGCGCUGUGUGCUGUACACCCAGAGAGUGAACAUUUCAUGGAUGUCAACAAAGUUAAGCCUCUGUUGGACUUGACAGGGAUAAAUGCUAAAGAAGCUGAGUUCACUGUGGCAAAGCACUUUCUGAAAGAUGAAAUGGCCAAAUCUGACAAAAACAAAAGCUGGACAACGCAGGACAUUUUGAAAACAUACAGCAUGUCUCUGGCAGCUAUGCCAACUGUCAUAGAAACACUGAAGCUCAGCUUAACCUUUGGUGCAUCAACCGCAACAUGUGAAAAUUCAUUCUCAAUGUUGAAGAAUGUGUUCAGUGAACACAGAAGGAGCAUGCUGCACGAAAGAAAAGUCCAUCUGAUUCAGAUUGCUGUUGAGAAGGACCUCACCCAGAAGAUCAUUGGAGAGUGGAGAGAGAAACUGCUGAGAAGAUUCAACACAUCAUCAAGGAGGCUGCAGCUUUAUUAA